CAUUACCACCUAGGGGUCAAAGUGCUGCUGUUUCUGCACACGAAAGCAACGUCAGCUGCCGAGAAGUUGAUCGCAGGGAGCAAGCAUACUCCCAAAGUCCUGUCAGACAACAAAAAUGUUUUUCAGUGACGACCACGACCACGACCAUGGUGGGGGCUCAAAUCCAUUUCAGCAUUUGGAGAAGAGUACUGUACUGCAGGAGGCUCGAGUUUUUAAUGAAACUCCUAUCAAUCCUCGGAAAUGUGCUCACAUUUUGACCAAGAUCCUGUACCUGAUAAACCAGGGAGAGCACAUGGGCUCGGUGGAAGCUACAGAAGCAUUUUUUGCUAUGACCAAACUCUUCCAGUCCAAUGAUCCCACCUUACGAAGAAUGUGCUACCUGACAAUUAAAGAAAUGUCUACCAUUGCUGAGGAUGUCAUCAUAGUUACCAGCAGUUUGACGAAAGACAUGACGGGCAAAGAAGACAAUUAUCGUGGACCUGCUGUGAGAGCACUGUGUAAAAUUACCGAUGUAAGUAAUGCUCUCAAAAUAGCGCCUUGCAUAGCUUGCAUUGAAGUGCAUCGACAUGAUUUAAAAGAAGUUCCCCUCUAAUAUAAAAACCAGAAC